AUGCAGCUAUGUUUCUUGCAGGCCGCCGUCGGCUUAGCCCUCCUAUCUAUCGCCUGCGCGUGUCACAAUGGCGGCGGUCCCAACCUACGUAUCACCGCAAAGGCAUGCGGGCUAUACGCCUCAAAGCAGCACCAGUGGGGCAAGGGCGAGUUUGACGCCUCCUCUGGACAGUGUGUGAAGUCUACCGACAGCGACCAGAUCGCAGGGAAAGAGUGGGAGGCUGCCUGCCGUGAGGUUGCUGAUACCGGCUUCGAGUGCGCCGACGGGCAAGGACUGUAUUGCAAAGCACCUCCUAAUGAAGUUCGUGGGCGUUGCUGA